UUGAACUUCUGCAGGUUACACCGAACCUAUCGUGAUGCACAACGUGUAUAUAUGUUGAUGGAAUGUUGUAUAGGUGGUGAAAUGUAUACAAUUAUUCGAGACAGGGGACGUUUGGAUGAGCCGUCAUCACGUUAUUAUUGUGCGGCAAUAAUUGAAGCACUCGAGUAUCUGCACUGUCGCUCAAUUGUCUAUCGCGAUCUCAAGCCCGAGAAUGUUCUUCUUCAAAAGGAUGGUAUACCUAAACUGGUGGAUUUUGGUUUUGCAAAACGUUUGGACGAAGACGAUGGUAGAACUUGGACAUUUUGUGGUACUGCUGAGUAUAUUGCGCCCGAGAUUGUUCUCAAUAAAGGGCACGAUAUAGCUGUUGAUUUGUGGGCAUUAGGCGUUUUCAUGUACGAAUUGCUGACUGGAUCACCUCCAUUCCUGUGUUCGGAUACAAUGUCAACGUAUAAUGCAAUUCUACGCGGUAUUGAAUCGCUUGUAUGGCCGAAGUAUUUAUCCCAGGAUGCGAUCACCCUGAUCUUCAAUUUGUGUCGAAAAGAGCCACAUCAACGACUCGGUUAUAACCGGAUGCAAGACGUUCGUGAGGCUUCGUGGUACAGCAUGUUCGAUUUUGAAGCGUUCCGUUCACUCAAAAUGAAACCACCAAUUAUUCCUAAUGUAAGUUGUUCUCGUUCGAAUGUUGAAUUUCUUCCACACAUCAGUUAUAACAGUCCGUUCCUUAUCGAUUUCGACGAGCAAAUCCGUAGCGAUGCGGAUACGAGGAAUUUCGAGCAUUUUCCAGUGCUGGAUCGUUUCGCAAUUGGUCGCGAGACUAGCGGUUGGGAUAGGGAUUUCUGA